AGGAAGCCCUCAGUGCCAGCCUCGGCUCGGACCUGCCAAGCACGUCCUUUGACAGCUCCUCCUCACACUCUUCUCUCUUAACUCCCUCCUUUCCCGCCCACAGCCGCCACCAUGAGUAAGGGCGGAGGCAAGAUAUUCACGCCCACCAACCAGAUAAGACUGACCAACAUCGCCGUGGUGAGGAUGAAGAAGGGAGGCAAGAGGUUCGAGAUUGCGUGUUACAAGAAUAAAGUGCAGAGUUGGAGGCAGAAGAUAGAGAAAGAUUUGGAUGAGGUUCUGCAGAGUGAGACAGUCUUCACCAAUGUUUCAAAAGGACAGGUUGCCAAAAAGGAGGAACUGCUCAAGUGUUUCAAGACGGAAGACCAGAAACAAAUAUGCUUGGAAAUCUUAGAAAAAGGAGAGUUACAAGUAUCGGAUAAAGAGCGGCAAGCAAACCUGGAGACAUCUAUGAAAGAGAUUGCUUCGAUUGUUUCAGACAAGUGCAUAAACCCAGAAACAAAGACACCAUACACAGUCACCAUGAUUGAGAGCGCCAUGAAGGACUUGCACUUUUCGGUCAACCCGAAACGCAACAACAAGCAGCAAGCACUAGAUGUCAUCAAGCAACUAGCUGGGGUGAUCCCCAUCCAGAGGGCGCAGAUGAAGGUUAGAAUCUUCAUCCCGGGGAAGGAAGCGAAGAAAAUCAAGGAGAAGAUCGUGCCCAUGUUGAAUGUGGAGAGUGAAAACUUCAGCCCAGAAUUAGAGAUGAUUGGGCUGAUUGAUCCCGGUCACUUCCGACUGAUUGAGGACAUGAUCACCUCGUCAACAAAGGGCCGCGCAAAGAUCGAGGUCCUGAGCUUGAAAGACCUCAGUGACGUGGGAGACACAGCUCUCACAUAAGCCCCCGGUUGCGUACAGUUGCGGCAAACGAGCUGCUGUUUUAGUUAUUCUUGUGGUCACUAUAUUUUGUUUGCUUUGAAGUUUAUAUCCCUGUUGCAUUCAGUUGCUUUAUUUUAAUGUUCUAGUUACGCGUUUGUUGGUCACUUUUUAAGAACUGUUAGAUUGUCCAUAGGCUGUGAACUAGUUGAUGUGGAAAAAAGUUGUUCAUCAGUCCAGGUUCUUUGUGAAUGGCAUUGUUAUUAAUAUAAACUUACCUGCACAUUAAGACUGUAAGACGUUCUGUACAAAGUAGCUAUUUACAGUAGCAUUCUUUGUAAGUGGUUUGAAUAGCAUUGACUUUUAUUUUUUUGUUUUUACCGAGUUCUAUUUUUUGUCUUUUACCAUUGCAAUAAGACUGCAGCUAUAGUUACUGAUAUUGAUAUUGCAUGAUCACAAAAAUAUAACCUGAUGUCAGAAUGACAAAAUAUAUUCUGUAAUAAGAGAGUCCAAAAACAA